AUAGGCAACUCCGACAGCCAAUCGGGCAGCAGCCCCUGUAUAUACGCGCGUGUACACGAGGCGCGUACAAACGCACAGGGGGUGCACACAUAGACGGGGCCAUCCCGAACAACACGGGGGAUCGUACCCGCCCUUCCCGGCGGAGAUGAGUAGCUACGCCAAGGCUCGAAGCCACCUCGUCACGGAGAACGCUUCGAGACUUCGCGCGACUCCCUCGGCGUCGUGUCGGAAACGGCCGCUGGUCCAGUCGUCCGUCUGGGGAUGCUCGACUUUGAUCAGUCGCGAAGGAUGGGCACAGGGGACAGAUUACUUGAUAUACCGUGUCUGGUAUGCGGUGACCGUAGCUCUGGAAAACACUACGGCAUCUACAGUUGCGACGGUUGUUCAGGAUUCUUCAAGAGGAGCAUACACAGCAAUCGAAGGUACAUCUGCAAGGUGCAGGGUGCCAUGAAAGGGCGCUGUCCCAUCGACAAGACCCACAGGAACCAAUGCCGUGCAUGCAGACUCGCCAAGUGUUUCGAGGCCAAUAUGAACAGAGACGCGGUACAACAUGAACGAGGUCCGAGAAAGCCGAAACAACCCCAACAACAAUCUCCAAUCGCACCACCUUUGCACAAUGAUCGAUUACGGGCUGGCCUUAGCUCCCCUUAUGUUCUGUUACAUCAAAGAAAGUUCAGGUGUGACCAAAGGUUCUCGCCUUAUCCACGGCCAGUGGCACUAGUUCAGAAACCACCAGAAGAUUCUUCGUCCCCGGCACCAUUGGCUCUACCGCAUUCUCCUUCGACCACGACUUUGUAUUCGGCACCCUCGAGCGUCGCCCUAACGCCGCAACCACCCCUUCUUCAGAUACUAAUGUCUGCGGAACAGUGUCAAGAACUCGUAUGGAAUGCACCAUUACAAUCGGAAACGGAAUAUUCUUUAGAGCAAACAGAAGGUAGUCAUAAUUCUUCGGGAACUUUACCAAAUCCCAAUCCCACGCGAGAACUAUUACAGGAAACUACUGCACGUUUAUUAUUCAUGGCAGUAAGAUGGGUUUGUUGCCUACCUCUAUUCCAAUCGCUUUCGAAGAACGAUCAAUUAUUAUUACUCGAAGGUUCCUGGACACAACUUUUUCUUCUUCAUCUAGCACAAUGGUCUAUAUCUUGGAAUAUUACCGGCUUAUUGGAGGAUGAACAGGUACGAGCAAGAUUACCGGACGAAGCUACGACGAAUCAACAAUUAAUUACAAUUCAGGAUACAAUAUGCCGUUUUAGGCAACUUUCACCAGAUAGAAGUGAAUGGGGAUGUAUGAAAGCAGUAGCACUGUUUACUCCAGAAACUGAAGGUCUUCAUGCCACUGAGUCGAUCAAAAUGUUACAAGAUCAGGCUCAAUGUAUUUUAGGAGAUUACACAAAAUCCUGUUAUCAACGACAACCAGGUAGAAGCGGGACAUUAAUGCACGUUGUUGGUCGUUUGACGUCCAUUUUUCCAAAGUUGGUUGAACGUUUAUUUUUUCACGAAACCAUCGGCGAAAUUCCUAUUUCGCGUUUGCUCGUUGACAUGUACCAAAUGAAAGGGCACACAAACUGAGAUUUGUCAAUAAAUGGCAAAAAAAUUGUGUGAAAAUUUCCCGUAGAUUUCCAAAACUCUUCCGAUUCUUUAAACCAAUUGUCAUAGAGAACGGGAUAAGUUUUCGAAACCUAUAGCCAAAGACUGCAAAACAUACGAAAGAUUAUUCAUCUUUUCGUAAAAUUCAUAAAUAGAUAGAUUCUCACAACAGCUUCGUAUGAAAUAAAUCGUGUUAAAUUUAUUGUUAUAAUAAUAUUUUCUUCUUUCCGUAAAUUCGCUAAAAAAGAAUUUGAUUCGUGAAUGUAUUAUAUAAAGAUAAGCUUCCAUAAAAAAUAGAUAGAUAU